CACUUCUUCACUCCAGUGUUUUAUAGGUGUAAAAAAACAAAAUUGAUAGACCCAUUUGUUAUUUUCUAUGCUUUUUCAGCUGAGAUCUCUGAGUAAAAAAAUCAGAAAUUUCUGAACACGUUUGAAGAUCUUCUGCGAAUCUCGAUGGCCAUUUCGGACUUCGAACUAUACGUAGAGACUAAUACCCAUCUCAGCUCGCGUCGACUUUGAUCUCUGUCUCUCAUGGCAAUCGCUGUAGCUUCUUCACUUGCCUUCGAAGGGGCUUGUUGCUCGACGUCGCAUGCAUUCACGAGCAGUUGGAACAGAUCUUCUUUCGAUGUUCGUGGCAGAAAUCCAAUAUUUGGAUCAACAGACUUACAUUGGUUGUCUAAGGGCCGUGAUCAUUGCUUGUCAAAAGUUUCAGUUGCUGCUGAUUACCCUGAUUCAGUUCCAGAUUCAUCAAGUUCUUUGACUAACAAAGGCUAUCAUCCUCUCGAAGAUCUAAAAGUUCGUAAAAGAGCACGAAAUACUGAACUCACUGCUGCAGAAUUAGCCCGGACGACUGUGGAGGUAAAUAGCAACGCUUUGGUACUAUUUCCUGGAACUGUUCACAAUGAACCACAUGAACACGUAUCAUGGGACGAGUUUCAAUACGUUCUUGACGAUUAUGGAGAUUUGUUUUUCGAAGUUUUCGACGAUGUGAACAUGUUAGAAGAUCGUGCUGCACCAAAUCCUGUGAACGUUUUGAUUGGAAUGGACGUGAAAAUGUAUGAAAGUAGGAGGAUAAUUCGAGAUUAUAAAGCGGGAGAUAGCGGAAAUGGUGAUAUCGUUCCUUUCGAUUAUGACUAUAUUGAGGCUGUGGAAACUGAUUUGGCUGAAUUCCCUGUUGAUUGGGGAGUUCCUGAUGUGGCUAGCUUGGUUCAUCCACUAUAUUUUGCCAAGUGUAUGAAUAAGGCUAUCUAUAUGAAAUAUGAGAGAGAGAUGAAGCAUCCUUCGAAUGGAGUUUCCAUGUUGGGAUGUCUCAGACCUGUCUAUGCUGAUGAAGAAUCUUAUAUAAGAAGACUUUUUUACUUUGAAGAUAGUGAAGGCUACAAUACACAAUGGAAAGAAGGUGAAACCUUGAGCUUCGAGUCCGAAAGCGAUGGAAGCAGCCGAAGAUCCACCCUCUACAGGCUGGAGAUAAUGAGAAUUGAGCUCUUCUCGGUGUACGGAGUUCAGUCUGAAAUUGGUUUGCUAGAUUUUCAACGUGCCGAACCCGAUGUUCUUAUGCACUCUACUGCAGAAAUUGUCGAGCGUUUUAGUGAGAAGGGUUUUAGGUGCAAUAUUGCCCUUAAAGCUUUUUGCAAAAAGAGAGGUCUUCGUGUUGAGGAUGCUAUUCUGCUCGGAGUCGAUAGUCUUGGCAUCGAUGUGAGGGUAUGUUUUGGAACAGAAGUACGGACUUUUCGAUUUCCCUUUAAAACCCGGGCAACAUCUGAAGUUGCAGCAGAGAAGCAGAUUCAGCAACUCUUGUUCCCACGGUCUCGUCGUAAAAAACUACGAAGCCAUGAGGGGAUGGAUUGAGAGAUGCCAUGAGUUCUUAGAACACCGUGUGCGUUAUUUUGAGAUUCGGAGGAUCUUUGAAAUAAACCUCACAGGUUAAGACGACUUCUUUGCUCAAAUCUGUCAUAACAGUAGUCUUAGUUUCAGAUUGUACAGUUCAAGUUGAUAGUUUUCCAUUACCCGGCCUCGUCUCCGUCAAAAUAAUCGAGUUUUUUUUGUCAUCGAGUCACGACUUUACCUCUCCCCAUCCAUUUUGGCAACUAACUAAAUUGUUUGCAUCGA